AUGAUGUUGCGCUAUUCUUGGUGUGCAGCAACCGCUCUGGCUGCCUGCCGCUUAGCCUCCGCUCAGACCACGACAACUGCUGCCGCGUCCUUCACACCCACAUCAUCAGUGCAAACAUCAGCACCAACAUCGAACCUCCCAGCUUUCGAGAUCGAUGUCCUGUUCCCGCGUGAGAAUGAAACAUACAACUAUACCUCCUCAUUACCUAUCGUGUUCACGUUCCAGAACCUUACGGCAGCUGCUGAACUAGGUCCUUUCCGAUUCCUUUGGGUUAUCAUGCCGUACAACAGCAUCAAGAAGCCGAUACCAGGAGGCACUAUAAACGAUCAAUGGGUGGAAGGAUUUACUUCGGAAAAUGUAUCGACAUUUACCAACCCCAAUGGAUCACCGUUCGUCUUGACCAACUACACGAAUCCGAAGGAAUGGAAUAGCAAACCAAAUUAUGGAGGCACUGCAUAUGCAUUACAAUGGUACAUCCAAUGGGAUUAUAUAGAAGCCCAAUGCGACUACCCCAACCUUGCCGUUCUUCCUUCAAACGGUUCGCAACUCCUUUUUACCCUGCUUCCCGCAUGGCGUGGCGAGUGGAGUGCUCCCAACCCCAGUGCACUCGGAAACGUCACAGACAAUUGUGCGCAACUGGGCACUCUUGCUAUGGUUGACGCGAACAAAUCAAACGCCUGUUCAAUGGAUCAAUUGCGGUUAGGAGAGAGCGGAAAUCCCUGUGCUAUCAAACCUGAUGAAGCCAUGGUCAGUAGCAUGUCUAGCGUCGUGGAGAGCCUGUCUGCUUCACAAAGUCUGGCUACUGCGACCCCAACUACUACCGAAUCGCCUGUCACCCCGAAUGCGGCUGUCGCGACAGGUGUGUCGGUACAGCCAGCGCUCGCUGCGGCCUUGGUCCUUGGUGGAUGGGAAUUAUGGUCGUUGUCAUGA